AUGGCUGCCAAUCUUGGGGAGAGAUCGCUCGCCGAGGUGCACCAAGAGGGACUCGAUGAGAUUUUGUCUGAACUUGCACAUGUUCAAGGUCCCUUGAGUCAUGGAAAGCAUGCGUUAGGCGUACCCAUCUUGGACUCUCUACUCGAAGUCUUUGCGCCGAAAGCACUUUCUACAAGACAACGCCAAUCUGAUAGUGCCCUUGGCCAGAACUCGUCUAUGAAGCAGCAGGCCGUGGAAGAUGAAGAGAUGCUCCUGCAUAGUGAGGCCCAGGCUCAGGACCUUGACCCGUCCAACGUGUUGCUCCCAGAUACAAGCGGAAUCAAGACACAGCAGACCCCUGUCGUGGAACUUGCAAGCAGCCUAUCUGCUUCAGGCAAGUCACAAAUACUGUACUAUCUGACGGCCCUUGCAAUCUUACCACGACAAUACGAGGAUCUCCAAAUCGGGGGCCACGAGUCAGCUGUGGUGUUCAUAGAUACCGAUGACCGCUUCGAUGCUGACAGAUUAAGAACCGUGGCUCGCGGUAUUGUACUGAAGCGGCGAGCGCAGCUUCGCCCAAUCGUCGACACUCAGCCAGAAGACACGCACGUCCAUGACCUAGAAACAUUGCUAGUGUCGUCCCUACAGCACGUGCAUGUCUUUCGUCCGCAGUCAUCGUCCGCUCUUUUGGCCACGAUUCGCACGCUCCAUUUAUACCUGUUUGACCUACCGCGGCAUCGCUCCGCAUCACGUCCGUUGCACAUGGUCGCCAUUGACAGCGCCACUGCUUUUCUCUGGCAAGACCGGCUGCGCGAUGAAGUUGCUCGCACCGAAGAAAUAGGGCGUCCUCGAGCAGAGAUUGAGCGCGAGCGGGAACAAAAGCAGUGUUUCCAAUUGACUGACCUCUAUAACGAGGUGAUAACUGAGUUGAAGCAUCUACAGAGCCAGUUUCAGUGUGCAAUUGUCUAUACCACAAUGGCCUCGGGAGGUCGAGCUCGGGGUGCUGAUCAUUAUGACCAGCCCCAGGCUCGGAUUCCCUCGCUGAGGCCGGCUCUCCCGGCGCCUUGGAGCACGUUCCCUUCGUUGCGUCUUAUUGUCCACCGGUCUUCUGUUCGCCCAUUCCCGCCCAGCAUGGCCGCUCAUGUAGCCGUGAAUGAUGCCCCUUCGCGACAGAGCGUGGUUCAGCAGGGCAAGUUCUCCGCCUGGGUCAAUCCGUGGGGGCAUGAUGAAUGGCCCCGUCGGAUAGUGGAAGCCAUUGAAGCGACCCAUGGCGGGAGUUUCUCAUUUCACGUGCAUGAGUCUGGAGUCGAAAUAAUUGAUCCGGACGAUUGA